CCAUCCGUCUCUGUUAAUUUGUGUACAGUUCUUACAACAGCGCAGAAACAUUUAGAAAACACUUGCAGGGGUUUGCUCUGAAACAGCUGGACAACUUUUAUUUUGAAGAAAGGAGAGGAUUAAAAAAAAAAAAGGAAAGAAAGAAAAAGGGAAGCCUCCCAAUGGACUGGUCUUGUUUCACAAAACAAGCCAGUCUCCAAGUUGAAGACUUUGACCGGUGCAUUUAAGAAGAGUUCUCAUGCCUGGAAUAAUCUAGCCCAAGUUUUUCUUUUUGUUUUAAACUUGGUGAAGAGUUGGUAAAAGUUCUGCAUUUUCCUCAGGCAGCUGAAACCCUUCCAGGAAGCUCUUCCCUGCUUUGCUCAACUUGUCCUCUCAGUCUCUCUGUGUAACAGCCUGCAUGUUUUGGUGCUGCUCAGACUCUAUGUGGUCUCUAUGGCCUCAUUUUACCGGACUGUCACACGGAGGGAGGUUUUCCCCAGCACCAGAAAAAAACCUUGGUGUGGUCUCUUCAGCACAGUAGCUAAGAACAAGUUUCCCGAUUGCUCCCAGGUUCUCCCGGGAACUCUUUUCAGGAAGAGGCUGUUCCUCGCCCACACUUAAAUGGAUGAUUAUGUUACAAUUAGGAAAAAGCAUCUCCAGAGACCUAUCUUUAGAUUAAGAUGUUUAGUGAAGCAGCUGGAGAAAGGCGAUGUUAACGUGGCUGAACUGAAGAAGAACAUCGAAUAUGCAGCGUCUGUUCUGGAGGCAGUAUACAUUGAUGAAACCAGGAGGUUGUUGGAUACCGAGGAUGAACUAUCAGAUAUCCAAUCAGAUUCUGUCCCACUGGAAGUACGAGAUUGGUUAGCAUCUACCUUCACGAGGAAAAUGGGAAUGACAAAAAGGAGACCGGAGGAGAAACCAAAAUUUCGAAGCAUCGUGCAUGCUGUACAAGCUGGGAUCUUUGUGGAAAGAAUGUAUCGAAGAACGUCUAGUAUGGUUGGUUUGGCUUAUCCAGCUGAAGUAAUAGCAUCCUUUAAGGAUGUUGACAAAUGGUCAUUUGAUGUAUUUUCCUUAAAUGAAGCAAGUGGAGGCCACAGCCUGAAAUUUAUGAUGUAUGAAUUGUUUACCAGAUAUGAUUUAUUGAGCCGUUUCAAGAUUCCUGUUCCAAGUCUUAUUUCAUUUGGAGAAGCUUUGGAAAUUGGCUACAGCAAGUAUAGAAAUCCUUACCACAACUUGAUCCAUGCAGCUGAUGUUACCCACACUGUACAUUGCAUCAUGCUUCUCACUGGGAUCAUGCACUGGCUAACUGAACUGGAAAUAUUAGCCAUGAUUUUUGCAGCUGCAGUUCAUGACUAUGAGCAUACUGGGACUACAAACAAUUUCCACAUUCAGACCAGGUCAGAUGUUGCCAUUCUGUACAAUGAUCGCUCUGUUCUCGAAAACCACCAUAUUAGUGCUGCUUAUAAGAUUAUGCAGGAAGAGGAAAUGAAUAUUCUGGUGAAUCUAACAAAAGAUGAAUGGAGGGAGCUGCGCAACCUGGUUAUUGAGAUGGUUUUAUCUACUGAUAUGUCUGGGCAUUUCCAGCAAAUCAAGACAAUGAGGCACACUCUUCAGCAAACAGAAGAGAUAGACAAAGCCCGAGCCAUGGCCUUGAUCCUCCAUGCUGCUGACAUCAGCCAUCCAUCAAAAUUGUGGGAUCUGCACUACCGAUGGACAAAGGCCCUGAUGGAAGAAUUUUUUCGACAGGGAGAUAAAGAGGCAGAGCUGGGGCUACCAUUCUCUCCUCUCUGUGACCGGAAAUCCACCAUGGUGGCACAGUCCCAAAUAGGUUUCAUUGAUUUCAUAGUGAAACCAACAUUUGCUCUUCUUACUGACUCCAUGGAGAAAAUAGUUUUUCCUCUUAUAGAGGAAGCAUCAAAGUCCGAAAGUCCUACCUUUCUGACAGCACCAAGUGAAAAUAGUACAGGAAGUACCAGCAGUGAUCUACACAAAAAGAUAAGUAUAAAAAAUGCCGCAUGUGUUGGUGGGACCUGCUUAGAAAACCCUUUGGCAAUGGUGGAUUUAAGAAGCUUUAAGGACAACUUGUUCCAGACCAUACAGGAAAACAAAGACAGGUGGAAAGAUUUAGCAGAAAAAGGUAUGUUUUCCCUUGCCAGUUCAUCAAUAAUUUCAUCUUUCAUCUGUGUUUGUUAUAUUACCUUGGACAUACUAGAUAACAAGAUUUGCUAGUGGUCAUAUGGAUGAGAAGGACUGACUUCAAUAUAGCAAUUAUUCUCUGUAUGCACAGUGAAAUAGGAACACUCUUUCCCCCCUUUUUUUCCUCUCUUUCUUUUUGCAAAAUUGUAGUUAAAUCUGCUAUUUGUCCGAUACUUCAAAUGGCUGCAUUUAUAUGUUCAAGCCACUAGAUGGUAUAUAACCACAUCUUAUACUGUAUCUUGUACAUCAGACAGAGAUGAACUUGGAAUUGGAAUAUAGGUUGAAGAAAUGUGCUGAGAAUAAAAAGAUAUCAAUGCAAUAGACCCAAAUGUAUAUUGUUCAUUUGGAAAAAUUGAUCACCUUGCACAGGUAUCAUGCUAACAAUUGGCUGGGUUAUAUGUGAAAAGGAUUUUGAGAUUGGAAUGCCAAGUUGAAUAUAAAUCAGCUGAAUAUGCUUUUGGGUGGCCCAAAAAACCAAAUGCAAUUUAAGCAACAUACAUAAGAAUGUAGUUUUCAAAUCAUAGGAAGUUAAUGUUGCUCCACCUCCCCUUGGUUCCUAUGCUAGGAUUCAAAGAAACUGUAAAAGAUGGAAAGAAGGUCAGGAAAGAGGAGGGAACUGGAAACUAAUUUUAUAUGAAGAGAAUGAGAGGGACUGAGCAAAGUUACUUCGGGGUGGGAGGACAACUAAGGAGAGAGAUGAUAGCAUUCCUCAAUUAUUUAAAAGGUAUCAGCCGGAAGCAGCCAAUAAGACAGUAUCUGACAUCCUAGAAUGCAUAUAAUAAACUGUGGGAAGGCAGAUUCUGAUUGAAAAUUAGGAAACUUUUCUUACUAGCAAGAACAAUUUAACAUUGGAACAUUAUCAAGUGAUAAUGGUAAGAUUCUCCUUUGCUAGACCUUUUCCUGGAUAGACAACAGGAUCAGUCAGCAAUGGCUUAAAUAUCCUGUGCAAAUAUUAUGAUUGCCUGCAGUGACAUGCAAGGGACCAUGUAGGUUUCUGACCCCUGAUGGGGUAACAAUAUCAGCUACAUUUUUUCUUUUCCCAUUCAACACCUUUUAAAUUAUCCUGCUGUAAGAAUACCUCAAUUAAGCCAAUGAUUUUUUUAAAACAUAAGUCUUGGUAACUCUAUUUGGUUCUGGUACUGGAAGAAAGCCCUGGGCUAAGAAUUUUUUAAUGGAGGAUAACUACCAUAUUAGGGUUGUGCAGAGUUUUAAAGAAGUGAUUCCAUUGGAAAAAGAAUUUGCUGAAAUCAGCUCCUGAAUCAAAUAUUCAAAUUGAAUCUCUUUCGUUAGUCCUUCAAAUACGUUUUGGGAGGUUUCAAGGUGGUUUGGAGAGCCAGUGGACUUUCUGUCUUUGCUGUGUCAAAUAAUUUUGCAGCUCUCUUUUUUAUAAAUGGACAAAGCUGGAAGGGGAAAAAAAUGCAAUGAUCAGAGUGACAAGCUGUUCUAUACCAGUGUGAUUAGUUGAUCAAUAAAUAUUAUCCUUGAAAAUCCUGCCUGGUGAUGGUGAGAAAUAGUUGUUCCGCUCUCUGUGUCUCAAUCCUUCUCCCAAAAUCUUUUAAGCUCAUUGAGCAAAUCAGUUUGCUCAAUGAGAAAGAAUGAAUGAAAGAAAAAAGAGACUCAGAUUUAUUUUACUGUGCUUUUUCCUAAUCUGCUUUGUUCUUUGUUCUUGUAAACUUCUAACUUUGCCAAAAUCAUAACUUCUUGUGCUUAUGUUCCAUUUAUUUUCAGACUAGUUGUCUGAUCUUCAAUGAAGUCCCCAUAAUCUCUGCAGUUCUUCAGCCCUUCCCAUUCCUCUGCACCCCCAAAUGAAAAACAAAUACCAUCCCACCCAAAUCCUUUCUUCCUUUUCUGCAUCUUAUCCAAAUCUGUUUUACCUUAUACUAAGCAGGUUAGUUUAAUUGACAGGAGUUUGGGGGAGGGAGGGACAGAACUUGAAUCAUCACCUCCUAAUGCAAAUCGUGUGCCUUAUGUACUUCCAUCCAACUUUGGGCACAAGUACAUCAGAAACUUGCCUCCUGAUAUGAUUGUGGAUGUGUCAUGUUAACGUUAUCUUAGUUUGCUGAGGAUGCCUAUGUGAGCAAGUCUGAGACCGUGUGUUGCCUGUUCAACUAUUGGGUAAUAAGAUGAAGCAUUUCAUAUCAUAGUUUAUUAUGUGGCCAAGAGUAAUAUUCUGCAUACACACAGUUCUCAACUUGUUUUAAAACAAGUCAUUAUUUUAAAAAGUCAUUAUUUAAAAAAAAAAAGUUACACAAACUAUACAUCAUUUCCAGAAGAGCCUAGCCUAGCCAAUGAACUAUAUUAAUAAGCCUGCCAAAUCUGAAAAUGAAGUCAAUCGAAAGUGGUGGAUUCUUCCAUCUUUAGUUUUUUGAACAGUUUUCAAUCAUUUUUAUUUUUAAGCUGGACUAGAAGUGGUAUGCAUUGUUUUAGCACUUCUGUAUAGGAUCCUUGCUGGACAAUUGAAAAGUUGUUUUUUUCUUCUUCAAUGUUCUGCUUUAGAACAAAUAGAUGGGAAAUAUUUCUACAAUCUAUUGCCAUGAAAUCUUUGAAAUUUUUGUGCCUAAAAUGUUGCAGGACCCUUUAAAGGGUCUACUGAAUCUACUGUUUCCAUUCCAUUCUUUCAAAAAUGAAGCAGCUACAGGGAUUUUUAUGCUUCUCCAUUGUAACUUAUAGUCAAACCUUUCAUCAAAUCAACCUUCAAAUCAGUUUAAAUAGAAUGUGGUUGCCAGUAAAUCAAAAAUUUGAAUUGGGCUAUCUACAAAUCUCACAUACUGGAUCUUGAUUGUUUCCAUUCCUUAACAUCAAUUUGGAAAUCUUGGCUACAACUGUAGUCACAUUUAAUUGGGCCUAAUAAAGGUAUUCAGAAGAAAACUGUUGAAUCUGGAUGCGUUUAAGGCAGGCUAGAUUUAUGGCCCCCUGAAUUUUAUUGUAUUGAAAUAUUUUAUUUACAUUGUAGGACAUGAGAGAAAAAAAUAUUUAUAUUCAUACCAAAUUGAAUGCAGCUCCUACUGUACAUAGGAAUUUUUCUUCCCUACAAAAGAGGCCUCUUUUGAAAGUAUUGUAAUAAACAAAAUUUCAAGAUAACUCGGGGGGGGGGAGGUUGGACAAUAUACAUUCUUAAUCUAUGAGUAGCCAAUUGCCUUUUAAUAUAUAUAUAUAUUCUUUUUCCUGUCCUGUACUCAUAAAACACUAGAAUUCACUGCAUCCUCCCUUAGAAGGUUCACUGGACCCCAGAAUGUUACCUGGAUCCCUGAUUGUGAUAUGGGUUAGAAUAGGGGUCCCCAACCUGUGGGCCGCAGCCCAUUAAUGGUCCGUGAGGGGUUUGCAGCUGGGCUGUGAAAAUGGCUGGCAAGUGAGCAUGCAUGCAAGUGCAUCCUCUCUUGUGUGAGCAGCGGGCAAACACAUGUGCGCACACUCCACUUGUGUGAGCAUCAGGCCCGCAUGCACACUUCUUACACAAAUGGACCUGCAUGCACGUGCACUUGUCAGCCGCUUAUGUGAACCACCCCCUCCCCACCUUCCCACGCCAGUGUGCAAAGCUUGAAAGGUUGGGGAACUCUGGGUUAGAGUUAAUUAAAAAAUAGAUAAUAUGGAAGUUGUGAGCCUUUGUGUUGCUGUAAAUAUGCACAGUGGCUCUUUUCCCAUUUUUUUAAGUAAUCAAAAUCAUCAAGAAAGCAAACUUCCCUUUCCUCCAAAUUGUGAACACAAUUCUCCCUUUUCUGAUCAGUUUAAAGUGAUUCCCAUUCGUGAACAGGGGCAAAUUCAAAGUGUAUAGUAUGUUUGUGUGUAUGUACACAUGGUCAUAUAGUUAUGCCAGUGUGUUAAACUAAGGGGAUCUUUUAGUUAAAUGUUAUAGUUUGCUUUAGAUGAUGCUCUACUAGACAGGUAAGAGGUAGAAAAAUCCACUCUCAUAGACACUGUGAAGGAGAAAUUUGCUAUUGGCUAUGUGACUGUAUUUGUUGGGAGUUAAUAUCCCAAAUUAUUGGAAAGCGCCAGAUUGGUUGAAAUAGGCCUUGGGUCUGAAAUCCAGCAUGUUUGGUCUUAUUUUAGUAACUGAACAUAAUAAGCACAGGACCCCCAGCCAUGUAUUUAAAAUAAGAGUGGCCAGACACAUCCUAGGAAAAUGCCACACAUGAUACAGCAUAUAUAAUAUAUACAGUAUAAAUAUAUGCAGUAUAUACAAUAUAAAUAUAUACAGUAUAUAUAGUAGUAUAUAGUAUAUAGGGUUUGUGUGCAUGUGUGUAUGUUAGUA